AAAAGAUGCUCAACUUUGUUUCUGAGUCAGUCUGUGACCCGCGCGGUGGACGCUCCACGGUGAGGACGGACACCGGCCGUUUCUCCUCAAACAUACGACCCUCGGCUGCACCGCUGAAUAAAAGCCUGCGGGUGGAUACCAGCUCUUCACCGUCACCGUCAGUGCUGAUGGGACAUCUCGGAGUAGAGGAGUGGCUUUAAAACAUCUUUAACGUUAGCUGGUGAUGAUGAAGGCACGUUGUCGGACAUUAACUAUAUCGUUACACGUCUGUCAGUCAGUUGUGUCUCUCGCUGUGUCGGUUAACGAGUCAUUUACAUACUGUCAGCUACCAGGUUAGCUCUGUACAUUAGCUAAAAAGAUCAUGGCCAUGUUUUCAUCAUAUUUGGAGCUAUGGAGAACAUAUUGGGAGUGUGUUUCCAGACCUUAUACGGUGUUCAUCUGCUCCCUCGCGGCCGCACUUUACUAUCUGUGGGCCCGCAAGUGUCAGACACCGACUCUGGUUUCUAGCGCUGCUUUCAGUGCGUUCCUCUACAAGCACUGUCCUGUGGUGGCUGAGCGCUUCAGUCCCACUCCGUGGUGUUGGGGAGGCCGACUUCAAACCCUGGUCUGCGUCCUCCUCAAGUCCAGACCCCCCGUCACUUAUCGCAAUGAGCUGAUCCGUACGGUUGAUGGUGGUCAGAUCUCCCUGGACUGGGUGGACAAUGAGGCCAGUGGGACCUACCCAGAAUCCUCUACCCGUCCCACGGUGCUGAUCCUCCCAGGCCUGAUGGGGAACAGCCGGCAGUCCUAUGUGCUCCAUGCCAUUGGCCAGGCCACCCGCCCCAAGGCUACAGGUCAGUUAUGUGUGGUCUUCAACAACAGAGGCACUGCACGGGAGGAGUUGCUGACACCUGUUACCUACUGCGCAGCCAAUACCUCAGACCUUGAGCGUGUGGUGCAGCAUGUCAAAGGACUUUACCCACAUGCGCCUGUGCUUGGUGCUGGUGUGUCUUUGGGAGGCAUGAUAUUGAUAAACUACCUGGCCCGUAAGCGCACACAGUCAGGGAUGGUGGCGGGUUUAACCAUCUCUGUACCAUGGGAUGCAGUGAAGUCCGCUGACUCAAUGGAAGAACCACUCAACUGGCUGCUGUUCAAUAAACACCUCACGAGAGGCCUGUGUCGUGUUGUCACCAGACAGAGGAAGGUUCUGGAGAAAGAGGUGGACGUCGACUAUGUCCUGAAGGCACGGACUAUCCGUGAGUUUGAUGAACGCAUCACCUCUGUGCUGUUUGGUUAUAAAUCUUGUAUGGAUUAUUACCGCGAUGCCAGCCGACAAAAACUCCCCAAUACAGCAGUACCCAUCUUGUGCCUCAACGCUGCUGAUGACCCCUUCUCUCCCCAACAUGCCUUCCCAGUGACCAUAGUCGAGAGCCUGCCUAAUGUCGCUCUGUUGUUGACGGCCCAUGGUGGACACAUCGCCUUCCUGCAGGGGUUGUUUCCCCGUGGUGAGAGCUACAUGGAUCGCCUGUUUGGUCAGUUUGUCCAAGCCGCCUUUGAACACCCGACUGACAUCAAGAAAGCCUGUGGCAUUAAGGAGGAGAAGAUGAGCUGAUUAUCUUUCACCCCAUCACUCUCUGAAGAAUAUGAAGUCACUGCUUAGCUUUGCGUGCUGAUAUCUUGCCACAAAAAUGUUGGCUAAUUGUGUUUAUUAGUGCCGAUUGCUUGGCCUCCAGUAUUGCUGCUACAACACGAAUCAAAAUUAAUACUGUUGAUUUGAGGUAUGAAUGAGUAUAUACACUAACAACAUGAAAGAAACUUACUCUACUAUACAGAUGUUAAGUACUGUAAUAAUGAAUCAUUUCUCAUUUUAAGUAUAAUGAGGGCUGCAUUUAAAAAAUAAAAUACAUAGAGCUUUCGAAAAAAUGUGCAUCCGAAAAUAAAGUGGAUUGAUCAUA